GUUCGUCACGCUGAGCACAAGUUCUGCAACGCUGAGGACAAGGUUCCUCACGCUGAGAACAGGGUUCCUGACUCUGAGGAAUAACGCUGAGCACAAGGUUGCUCACGCUAAGGAAAAGGUUCCUCGCGCUGAGAGCAAUGUUCCUCAAGCUGAGGACAAGGUUCCUCACGCUAAGGACAAAGUUCCUAACGCUGAGGACAAGGUACCUCACGCUGAGGACAAG